AUCCCGGAAUGACUGGAUUACAUGAACACAUCCGUGAGGCGUGUUUACCUGAAUAAUCUACGUGGACAACUCAAAUUACGCACAUUUUGCUCAAAUCUUCUUUAUUAUGUUAAUAUAUGUUUAUAUAACACAGGAAGUAGGUGUGACGGAGCAGGUAAACAUGCAUCAUUGUUGUUGAACAGCCGAGUGAGUGGCUACACCUACAUGAAGUCACAUCGACUGUACGAAACACGAUUAUUCAUAUAUUUGUGGAAUCUCUAGUGGUUAGAUGCAAGUCCUGUGUGUGCUGCUGUGCCUCGGCCUGGUGGCGGCACUGCAGCCGAAGCAGCAGGCCAAAAAACAGCAGUUCAGACCGGCUUCGGGUGUCAUACACGGGCAGCAGUGGGUGAUGGAGAGCUGCAAGAGCCUGUCAAUCCUCCUGAAGCAGAAGAACUCUGCAGUACAGAAGCUGAUUGCGGCCGAAGCGAUGGUGCAGCGAGACCAGACUCUGUCGCCUGCGGAGAAGCUGUUCCGUGUGCACACGCUCGAGGUGUUACAGAGAGAACUGAACGAGAGCGAGCAUUCGCUGUUUCAGGCCGUGGAGGGGCUGCAGAGGGUGUUGAAGGGAAACUUCAGAGACGUGGUGAACAUGAAGGAGACCAGCAGACAGAGACUCGAAGCCCUCAGAGAAGCUGCUAUCAAGGAGGAACAAGAGUAUGUGGAGCUGGUUGCAGCUGAGAAACACCAGCAGGAGGCACUGAAGGAGGUGCAGGACAAGAAUAAAACCCUCUCCAUGCUGGACGAGAUCCUGGAGGAUGUGAGGAAGGCUGCAGACCGUCUGGAGGUGGAGAUCGAGGACCAUGCCUUCGACAACAACAAACAGAUGAAGGGAGUGAAUGUUGAGGCCGUUCUGAGAGUGGAGGAGGAUGAGCAGGACAGUAAGAGGAAGAACAUGUCCAGACAGGUGGACAAAGGCAAUCUGGGUCUCAGCAUGCUGAUAGAUUCACAGAAUAACCAGUAUGUGCUGACCAAACCCCGAGACUCCACCAUCCCCCGCGCUGACCACCACUUCAUCAAGGAUCUAGUGUAUGUGGUGAUGUUGUCUCUGCCGUGUGGAUGGAUGUGUACACUGAUGGGUCUGCCGCCCAUGUUUGGGUACAUUAUCUGUGGAGUUCUGCUCGGCCCAUCGGGACUCAACAGCAUUAAAUCUAUGGUGCAGGUGGAGACAUUAGGAGAGCUGGGUGUGUUCUUCACUCUGUUUGUGGUCGGUCUGGAGUUUUCACCUGAACGACUCCACAAGGUGUGGAAGAUCUCUCUUCAGGGUUCUGGAUAUGUGACUCUGCUGAUGGUGGGCUUUGGUCUGGUUUGGGGUCAGCUGCUCGGCCUUCACCCCUCACAGACCGUCUUCAUCUCAAGCUGUCUGUCUCUUUCCAGCACUCCUCUGGUGUCUCGCUUCCUCGCCGGAGGAUCCAGAGGAGAGUCAAAAGAGGGUGAGCUGGAUUACAGCAGUGUGUUACUGGGCAUGCUCGUCAUGCAGGAUGUGCAGCUGGGUUUGUUCAUCGCUGUGAUGCCCACAUUAAUUCAAGGAGGAAGUGAAGACACAGACAGCGUUCUGAUGGAAACGUUGCAUGUUGUGGUUCUUCUGGCUCGGGUUCUGGUGUCGUUAGCAGCGGUUCUGCUCAUGUGUUGGGUGCUCAGGUCUCAUCUGGUUGGUCCGUUCUACAGAAAGUUGCAUGCGGAGAGUAAAGGGAACAAGGAGAUACUGGUGCUGGGCACCACUGCGUUUGUCUUCCUCAUGCUCACUGUAACAGAAUUUAUGGAUGUGUCUAUGGAGUUGGGCUGUUUCCUGGCAGGAGCGCUGCUCUCCUCACAGGGUCACAUGGUCACUACUGAGGUCAUGAGCUGUAUUGAACCAAUCAGAGAUUUCCUCGCUAUCAUCUUCUUUGCAUCUAUUGGGUUACACGUGUUCCCAACCUUUGUCCUGUACGAGUUAACCAUCCUGUUAGUGUUGACCUUAUCACUGGUAAUUAUGAAGUUUAUAAUGGCGAUGUUGGUGCUGUCUGCUAUUCUUCCCCCGAGCUCAAGACACAUCCGCUGGGUGGUGUCUGCUGGGCUGGCCCAAGUCAGCGAGUUCUCCUUCGUUCUGGGCAGUCGUGCACGGCGGGCAGGCAUUAUCUCCCGCGAGGUGUAUCUGUUGGUUCUCAGCGUCACCACUUUAAGUCUCCUCCUGGCACCCGUGUUAUGGAGAGCCGCCACGCACAAAUGCAUUCCCCGAGCCGAGAGAAAACCGCUCACUUGACCGAAACAGAAGUGAGCGCACAACAGAAGAGCUCUCGUUGAGAGAACAAAGCAUUAGCACACAUUAACUGUUUCUCUCCUGGUCGAACACAGGAGGUGUUAGAAUGAAACCCAGUUGGGUUCUAAUACUCAAGGUGUGUUCACAUUAAAUGCAUCAUAUUGAUGACAAACACCGUUUAUGAGAAACAAAAGGGCAGGUACUGAAAUUUAAAGGGUCGUUCUAUGAAGUACUUUCCAAAGCAUGCAAAAACAAAAGUUAUGUGAGUUGCUAUGUAUAAUAUUAUUUGAUCAAACACUAUUUAUUUCUGUAAUAGGUGCCUUGAAAUGAUGUCAACAGACAAUCCUAAUAAUGUAGCUGUUAUCAUGUCAAAUAAACACGUGUUGAAUACAAGCACAAGCUCAUUUUGCACUACAGAACACAAACAGGUGUUUAUGAUAAAGAUGAACAUGUUCUCUAUUAAUUGUGUACAGGAAACAUUUGUUUGACUGUUUUCACAGCAGAAGAUAUAAAGACAUUCCCGCUGAAGCUGUAUUUUAAGCACAAUCGAGCAGUUCAUAAUUGUAAUGACAACCAACUUAAAUGAAAUGUAAAUAUUAAAGAAA